AUGACAAGUCGUUCUUUGGAUGAAAACGCCCACAAUAAUCAACAAAAAUCCUUCCACGUGCUUGCGACUAGUCGCCACUCGCUUUGGGCUGCUCUGCGGGGACGAAUUCCAGACCACCAUAUCAUCAACAAAAGAAUAACUCAAGUUAUUGCCCGAUCCAAUGAAAGGAAUUUGAUUCAAUUUGCGGACGACAGCCCUGCAGUGGAGGCUGAUCUGGUUAUCAGUGCAGACGGUCGGGCAAUUUUCCCGGAUGCGAAAGAGGACCCAUAUCCUCCAAACGACGAAGGUCUCGUCGGGGUUGGGGGCUUCAUCCCUGCUGCGGAUGUAAAAGAUCUUGUCGAGACGGGGUCCAUGAAUUUUGUCUUUGGUGGAAACGGAUUCUUCGGAUAUUUCUUUUCUGGGAGUUCGGAGUCUGCUACUAAUCGGGAUUCGCCUUAUCAUGUGUCUGAGGCGGGAGACUCCCUUGCGUGGUGGUCAACCUACGAGAUCAAGGAAUGUCCUAAUCGCAAAAGACUCAAAAUGGUCGACGUGACUCGGCAACUGCGUGAGAGAUAUGCUAAUUGGAAGGAACCUGUUGUGAAAAAAGUGACUCAAUCCCUUCAGGUUGAAAACAUGUAUCCGACAUGGACUUUACCUGCACUUCCAACAUGGGAACGAGAUGGUGUUGUUGCUAUGAUGAAAAUAAUGGGUGAGAACUUUAUCGAUAAGUUGUAG